ACUCCACACUGAAGAGCUUUGACCAGUUCACCUGCAAUCUGCUCUAUGGGAGCUGGAGGAAGGACCUCACUGAGCACCUACACCGCCUCUACUUCCAGGCCCUCGUGUACUACACCCUCAACGUGCUGCGGGAUGACAUCGAUAACCCGGACCAGCGCAUCAGCCAGGAUGUGGAGCGAUUCUGCCGGCAGCUCAGCAGCAUGGCCAGCAAGCUCAUCAUCUCCCCCUUCACCCUCGCCUACUACACUUACCAGUGCUUCCAAAACAGGGUGGCUUGGGCCUGUGAGCAUAUUCGGAUAUUUCAUCCUGGGAACCUUGGUGAACAAAUCUUUGAUGGGGCCCAUUGUGGCCAAGCUGGUGCAGCAGGAGAAGCUGGAAGGGGAUUUUAGGUUCAAGCACAUGCAGAUUCGGGUGAAUGCUGAGCCUGCUGCUUUCUAAGGGCAUGUGGAGCACAUGAGAACAGACCGCAGGCUGCAGAGACUCCUUCAGAUCCAGAGGGAGCUGAUGUCCAAGGAGCUCUGGCUGUACAUUGGCAUCAACACCUUUGACUAUCUGGGCAGCAUCCUGAGUUAUGUUGUCAUCACAAUCCCCAUUUUCAGUGGGGUCUAUGGAGACCUGAGCCCCACAGAGCUGAGCACCCUGGUCAGCAAGAAUGCCUUUGUGUGCAUGUACCUCAUCAACUGCUUCACCCGACUCAUCGACCUCUCCACCACGCUCUCAGACAUGGCCAGUUACACGCACAGGAUUGGGGAGCUUCAGGAGGCCCUGAUGGAGAUGUCCCUGAAGUUGCAGGACUGUGAGAUCCUGGACGAUAGUGAGUGGGACUUGGACAAGGCCUCAGGACGGCCAGCACCAGAGCCAGCAGACACAGCUUUUCUGCUUGAGCGGGUCUCCAUCUCUGCUCCCUCCUCUGACAUACCCCUGGUCAAGGACCUGAACCUGAAGAUCUGCGAGGGGCAGAGCCUGCUCAUCACGGGCAAUACGGGCACGGGCAAGACCUCCCUGCUGCGGGUUCUGGGCGGCCUCUGGGCAAGCAUACGGGGGAUAUAUCCCCUGAAGGAGAUCUACCCAGACUCAGGCUCCGCUGAUGAUGAGAGUAUCGUGAGGUUCUUGGAAUUGGCAGGCCUGUCCAGCCUGGUGGCAAGAACAGAGGGUCUAGACCAGCAGGUGGAUUGGAACUGGUAUGAUGUCCUGUCCCCAGGGGAGAUGCAAAGGCUGUCCUUUGCCCGACUCUUCUACCUACAGCCUAAGUAUGCAGUGCUUGAUGAAGCCACCAGCGCCCUGACAGAGGAGGUGGAGAGUGACCUCUACAGAAUUGGUCAGCAGCUGGGGAUGACAUUCAUCAGCGUAGGACAUCAGCCCAGCCUCGAGAAGUUUCACUCCUGGGUUCUGAAACUGUGUGGAGGAGGAAGAUGGGAACUGUCUAGAGUCAAAGUGGAAUAAAACCAAGGAUGUGGACAGCCGCCAGGAGAGCCAAGCAGCCUCCAGGAAACCAGGAGGACCAAGGGGGCAAGAA